CUCAACCCGCUGCCCAUGGCCGUCUCCAGCCGGGGCAACGCCGAGGCCCUGGUCGCGCUGCUGGUGCUCGGCACCCUGUACUUGGUGGAGGGGGGGAGCGUAGGGAAGGCCGCGGCCUGCUACGGGCUGGCCGUGCACAUGAAGAUCUACCCGCUGAGCUACGCGCUGCCCAUCGCGCUCCACCUGCAGAGCAGGCGGUGCGGCAGGGAAGGGGCGGUUGGUGCGGGGCCUGACAAAAAAGCAAAGCCUACCCCCGCCUUGACCAUUGUGUUCUAUCACCUCUAUGGCUGGGGGUUUUUGGAGCAUGCCUACCUCUACCACCUGACCAGGAGGGAUAUCCGCCACAACUUCUCUCCCUAUUUCUACAUGUUGUACUUAACUGCAGAGAGCAAAUGGAGUUUUGCACUUGGGCUCGCAGCUUUUCUCCCCCAGCUGCUUUUGCUCCCGAUUGUGUCCCUAGCAUUUUACAGAGACCUUGCCUUCUGUUGUUUCCUACACACCGCUAUUUUUGUGAGUUUUAACAAAGUGUGCACAUCCCAAUACUUUGUCUGGUAUCUCUGCCUUUUGCCCCUCAUAGUGCCUAGAGUUAAGAUGUCCUGGUGUCGUGCUGUGCUGCUUCUUUUACUGUGGUUUGUUGGACAAGGCCUGUGGCUCGCUCCUGCGUACUUUCUGGAAUUCAAAGGGUAUAACACUUUUUUACUUAUAUGGUUGGCAGGCUUGCUUUUCCUUUUUAUUAAUAGCUUCAUAAUUGUUCAGAUUAUCUCACAUUAUCAAAAUGAAGCACAAGUUGCAAAAAAACUCAAACAGCAUUAA